GUGGAUAAAAUGAGCCUGUCUGAAAAGAGCAUGGGCAAACCACACUGUUAUACAGCUAUAACCUUGCUACAUGCACAAAUGGAGAAAGUCUUACAACAAGAGAAAAUCAUUAAGACGCAACAAGAUGAAGCUAAGAAAUUGAAGAUGAACAUGAUCACAGGCGAUGAAGGUGGAGAACAGGACUCAGACUGUCUCAGGAUUGUGCUGAUUGGGAAGACCGGCUGUGGAAAGAGCUCUACAGGAAACACGAUUUUAGGAAGAGACAAGUUUGCAGCUAAAUCAAGUCAAAUAUCAGUUACACAACAAUGUCAGAAAGUACACAGUGAGGUGGACGGUCGUCCUGUUGUGGUCGACACUCCUGGUCUGUUUGACACAAGUUUGUCCAAUGAAGAAAUUCAAGAGGAGAUGGUGAAAUGUGUCAGUCUCCUGGCUCCAGGACCACAUGUCUUCUUGGUGGUGAUACAGGUCGGCAGAUUCACAGCAGAGGAGAAGGAGACACUGAAGCUCAUCAAGAAAUUCUUUAAGAAGGAUUCAGAAAAGUUCACCAUCGUUCUUUUAACCAGAGGUGAUGAACUGGAGCGUCAGGGAGAGUCUGUUGAUGAUUACAUCAAGAACAAAUGUCAUAUUUCUUUCAAGAAGCUGAUCUCUGACUGUGGAAGAAGAUACCAUGUGUUCAACAACCGUGAGGAACAAAACCGCACACAAGUCAGCGAGCUGAUAACAAAGAUUGACACCAUGAUGAAGAACAAUGGAGGCAACUACUUCACCAAUAAGAUGCUGCAAGAGGCUGAAGUAGCGAUACAGAUGAAAAUGGAGAGCAUUCUAAAGAAGAAGGAAGAAGAGAUUCAGAGAAAAUACAAUCAAGAAAUGGAAACCAUUAAGCAAAUCAUGGAAAAAGAGAGGAAACAAAUGGAACAGGAGAGACAAGAAAAAGCCAAAGAACUCCAGGAAAUGGAGGAGAAAAUUAGGUUCGAACAAGAGAGGAGAAGAAAAAGAGGAACAAAUUAG